AUGGCGGAUAGACCCGGCUGGAUGGCGUACUUCGACGAUGUCCUCGAGCGUGGAUUUGCCGAUAACGAUUAUAUCCCCGAGUUGAUCCCGGAAGCGUGGAUGACAUCGGAUCAAACCUUUAUGCAGAGUCUCAACGACAUGGUUCACGUCAUCGCUAAUAAUCAGCGAAUCGGACUGCAAAUGAUUCUAGACGAGGCCAAUAAGGAAAAGGCCAGGGUUGACGAAGACAAGUCAACAUCCAAUGAUGAAACGGUAAAGAAUGAUUAA